AUGCAGAAGCAGUACAAACUUAUAACACCAGGUUCAUCUGUUCUCGACCUCGGUUGUGCUCCUGGUGCCUGGCUUCAAGUAGCUUGUCAGAGCUUGGGUCCACCAAAAAAUGGGGGAGCUGUUGUGGGAAUUGAUCUCAAGAAGGUGAAGGUCCCUUCUAUGCACUGUGAUGCAAGGGUCCAAACUGUUUGUGCUAAUGUCAUGAACCUCCCCCGGGGCCAAGUUAGAGCACUAUCUCCUCAGCAGAAAGGUUUUUCUGUUAUACUAUCAGAUAUGUGUCCCCUUGUUUCUGGAAUCGCAACCAAAGAUGCAGCUUUAUCUGCCGAGUUAGGGAUGCAGGCACUUAAUUUGGCUGUUGGAGGGGCUGCCUUAGUUCAAUCAGAUGACAACUUUCAAGUAGAGGGGCAAUCAGAUAGCUCUUCUUCUGUUCAGAAUGAUGGAGGUGUACUGCAACUUGGGGGUCACCUAGUCAUUAAGCUUCUAGAGAGCGAAGACGUAAAAGAAUUCAAUCAGAUUUGUAAACCCCUCUUUAGAAAGGCUUCAUGGUUGCGGCCCAAAGCUACAAGAUCAUGCUCCAGAGAGAUCUAUUUGAUUUGCCAGGGGUUGCGGUAGUGCAACAGGUGCAGGAAUCGACUCUUUUUAGAUGGUUGUUUCUGGGGCAGAGCAGGCAAAAUUGCUUAAAGAAUUGCAUAGAUUUAUCUCCAGCAGAGGUAAUCGAGGACCUCGAUAUACCAUCAGGGCCUCGAUAUGAUUUUCUUCUGUUUCUCGCGGUUUCGUAAGGCAUUCAAUCUUAUGUUUUUUGUUGAUGCUUGCUGGAAUUGAAAUACUGAGUUUAUAAAUAUAUUUGGGGGUCCAUGUUAACCGCAUUGCUAAAAUGUACUUCAUUGCUUCAUUAUUCG